AUGAGUGGUAAGCUUGAUAUUUGGACAAACGCUCGGGACUUUGCGUAUCCAAGCGAUAGCGAGGACGAAGAGAAGCGUGUAGUGCGUACUCACAAGGAGAAGAAAUUCAAAGAGCUCAAAGAUUUCAUCAAGCAAGUGAACAAUGCCAAAAAUAACAAAGACUUCACAAAAAUCUUGUCAGCUUUUGAUGAGCUUGUGAAAAUUUACGAAAAAUCGAGAACUGUCUUUGCUCGGCAAAAUAUUUCCACCCCUCGUUUUUAUGUCAGGUAUCUCGUUGACUUGGAGGACUUCGUGCUUGGUUUCUGGGACAACAAGGAAGCGAAAAGUGUAAGUUUCAAGGCUUGUAUCAGUUCAUUUUAUGUCUGUUCUUUCUUUUUACUGUUGGCUUAG